UUGACAACUAACUGAGUCAGUGAGAAUGACUCAGUUAGACCGUGUUGACUGAAGUAAGUUGGACUUUAAAAUAUCGGAAGUUUAACGAUUCUUAUGUCGUAGUUAGUUAAACCCAAACGGACAUUUGCGGUGUUUGUGCUGCUUCAGGUCACACAGACUGUCUUCUCUGCGAACUCACUAGUUGGACCUGUACGAAUAAAAAAAAUGUGAGAGCAAAAUAUGGAUAUUCACCGAGUCUAAGAGCGACGGCGGAUUUUGGGAACCCACUUCAGCUGAAGUUGGAUAUCCAAGUUUACUAAUCACUGCAAUGACUGAUGCAUCAAAACCACCUUCAGGGAGGAAAAUGAAGGCACGUGCCCCUCCACCUCCACCGCAAGCCCCUCAGCCCGCGCCACGCAACAUCUUCAGGAAUGCUGUACCUGAUGGGGGAGGGACGUCAGGUAAAGAUGCCAAGGAGAACAUGCUGAGGCCCACUGUGGAUCUACUGCUAACACUCCCACAGGGAUACCAGACUUCUGUGACUGAGGAUGGAAGUAAGGCUCUGAUGGACCUGCUGGUCGAGCUGUGUAGCCGCUACCACCUGAACCCAGCGCUGCACACCCUGGAACUGUUGUCGGCUGAGGGCCACACUUUGGGGUUCAAGCCCAACGCACUACUGGGCUCCCUCAACGUGGCCUGCGUCCUCAUCAAGGAGAAAGUGUGGGAGGAGAAGGUGGUGCGCAGACCAGCUCCCAAAGUGCCAGAAAAAACAGUGCGUUUGAUGGUGAACUACCACGGCAGCCAAAAGGCAGUGGUGCGGGUCAACCCGUUGGUAGCACUCCAGGCUCUGAUACCAGUCAUCUGUGACAAGUGUGAGUUUGACCCGGCACAUGUCCUGCUUUUAAAGGAUAAUCUCAGUCGCCACGAAUUGCCUCUGGACAAAUCUCUGACAGAACUGGGAAUCAAGGAGCUCUACGUACACGAUCAGAGUCUAGUUCUCCAGCCUAAAAUGGCUUCAGCCCCCGCUCUAUACUACUCAGACUCCAUCUGCUCCAGUACCACCAGUUUGGGCAAAGCAGAAAAGAAAGGCCUCCUGGGUAUCUUCCAGUUCAGCAGGAGGAAAAACAAAACAGACACAACCUCUAUGGACAUGGAUGACUUUGAUGAUAAUGCAAUCCAACAUACAGAUUCACAAUACAAUGGUCUGUCCACUGUUCCAGGAGUAGUAGGAGAUCGGCCCAGCACUUUGGGCCAGUCUCAGUCAGUUACUAACAUUCUCCGGAUGUCCCCAAAGGCCGACACUAAGAAGAGGAGGGCCCCUGCACUGCCCGGGGCCCCAACAUUGACCAUGGGACACACCAGCUUUGAGAGCUAUGAGAUGGGCCUUGGCUCAGAAAGCCAGCAGAGGAAAAGAAAGGCUCCAGCCCCUCCUCCUACUCCAGCCUCCAUCACCCCUGAAGACACUUCACCAUCUGAAGCUCCCACCCCCGACAGCUACGCUACUGAAACCCCUACCCCAGUCUUCCACACUAAGGAAGUACAGUCGACUACCCACUCUGCUACUACUGUGGUAACACAAACAGUAAAACCAGCCCACUGGAAAACAGCAGAUCCAUCUCCACCUGUGUCUGCUCCAACCCCAACCCCCAGUUCUCCAACCCCGAGCAGCAGCACUACAGACAGCCUGGCCAUCCAGGACUCAAGCUCUGAACUCAGCCAUAGUCUGGAUGACUCAGACGCUGACCUAGACCAGGCUGGCUCCCUCAGCACACUCACCAGUAGCAGCACAGCUAGCGGUUCUGUGCAGCUCCAGACCGUUACAAAAAGCACCAGCAGCAAGAUGGAGCAAUCGGAAAAGACCAGCAGUGUGGCUGGCAAAUUUGAUCAAGAGGUAACGUCAGCCAGCAGCUCCAGGUCAGAGACCGAGUCGGCCCUUAACCUGAAACUGGAUGAAGUUGAGAACCAGAGACACAGUGCAAUGGGAUCCUUCAAUCGACCAGUGCCACCAAAACCUCGCCGUUACCCAGCCCGGGAGUCACCCAAGCUUAUCCUCCCCCCUACCCCAUCCCCCCCUCCCAAUGAGCCCACAGAAAUCAACUUCCAAGAGAGUUCCCUGGAGGAAGCGGCUCCCCAGUCAUGGCUCCACUCCAUGCAGAGUGCAAUAGCCAGCAGCCAGAAAGCAGAAGCUGAAACACCCGAGGAGGAAACCAUGUCUUUGGGCAGCAGCAGCAGCAGCGCUGGCAGCAGCCUGCCUGACCAGGGUUACGCCGCCUCUGAGGGCAUGGCUGAGGGCGAGGAGUCGGGCAUGGUUAGCUCCCCAUCCGACACCCAGCCCACAUCCCCAGAUGGGAGUUUGUCUCUUAAUGGAAGUAGCAGAGGCAGAGGAGACAGACUGCUCGGACCAGUACGAGACAAUUCAAGUGACAGCGAUGAAGGCUGCGCCACCUGGGGAUCCAGACACAGGCACGAUGACAUCAGCACAAAGACAAAGACAGGAAGCAUGAGAGAUUGCUAUGAAGAUGACUCAGAGGUCACAGCUCAACGCCAUCAGACUUUGGCAGAUUUUGAAGCAGACAUUGCAGAUAUAUCCUUGAUGAAGAAGAUUUCCUAUACCAUGUCCACAAACAGCAAUGAGGUGCCCGUGUCUGUAGUGGACAUGGAUGUGCCAGUCACAGCCAUAGAUGAAGUACUGGAGGACUUUGAACAAAACAUUGAAGAAAAAGAAGCACGGUCACUUACCAGGACUGAGUCAGCAGGAAGCAAAGGUCGAGAAUUUUGUCAUCAGUCCAGUGCUGAGAUACAAAACAAAAACAACAAUGCAUAUACAGCUGCAUGCAGUAAUAAAGGCAUCUGUGCAGAUACUAAGAAGGAAACACAGCCUGAUCUGCGAAGGAAGUCACUAGAGAACAUGUCUCGAGGCAAUGAAACGACUAAGAAGAUUCAAAAGACACAAACUAAAGAGAUGAGUAUCAGUGACACCAACAAGGUCAAAGAGGAUAAGCGGAGGACAACAUCAGUCAAAUCGAAUGUUGACAUGCUGAAACACAGCAAGAACACUGAGAUCAAACCUGAUCCUGUGAAAAGUAUCCCUCAAUCUUUUCAUGACAGCAAAACUGUUCUUCCACCAACCACUCAAAGAUCUGCGGAGAUAGAUGAAGAGAUGCAAAGAGUUUACCAAAAUAACUCCAGCUUGAACACAUCAUACAGUAAAAUCACUCGUACUGUCACAUCACGCUUUGGUAUGAACACAUUCACCGUGGUUCCUCCCAAACCUCCCGUCAUCCACGCUGCUGGAGAGCCGGUGGUCAAUUUAACUGCCGGUGCCAUUAAGAUCGACGAUCAAGGAAACAUGGUGAAGCAGGGCACUAUCUCCCGGAACAUAUUCGCUGGUUCAUCAGAGUCCGGCAUUAAUGGUAGUGAGAUGUCUCCACUUCUUGGAAAAGCCAAAGCUUUUUGGUGCUCGAAUGAGAGACAAGAGAGUGCCUUUCCCCCCAACAAAGGUUCCAUUGAUAAAGUUAAAGAAAGCACAGAUGGUCUAAAGAGUUCUCAUACUGCCAGCUCAGAAACUACACUGAAAAUCAAUAACACUGAUGACCUGAAAGUGACACAAACUUACCUUAAUAAACCUUCAGUGAGAGUCCAGCCUAAAGAGAUUACUAAAGAAGGAGCUAAAGAACUGGUGAAAGACAUCAAAGUUGCAAAAGAGGAGCAGGUAGAAAUGGAGAGCAAGGUUUCAGUGUCCAAAAUUGUUCAGCAGCCAAGUACUAAACCUGUCCUUCCUCCCCCUAUACUUCCCAAGCUGAAGAAAGAUCUGUCCUUUGUCAAAACAUCCAGACGGACCUCCAGCCAGUACGUGGCGUCUGCCAUCAAUAAAUACACCUCGAAGACCGCUGUUAAACCCAAUUUCAUCCCCAACGUAUCUGACUCUUCUGCAUCUAUGAAAACACAGACUUUGGGGUUUCAGAGAUCAGGUCGGUCCAUACAAGUGAAUCCACAACUGUCUUCCCAGUCAUCAUUGUCGGAAAACAAAGAAAAUGAAUCUGUGUCUAAACUCCACCCUCCUGGUCCGAAAAGGUCCAUAAGCUAUCCAGAGUACAUGUCAGAUAGCCAGAGAGGUUUUGGAGAAGUGAGACCGGACAGGGGAGGUUUUGAAAGCAGCGUUGGGUCCACCAAAGGAAUAUCAAUUACACUGGAAACAACCAAGAAUAAUCUUAUUCAGUCCGGUGGCCCCACCCAAAUACAUGUAACAGCCAAUAAUCAAAGAGAUGAUUUAAAACAUAUUCCUCCCAGAAGCCCAAGCCCUUUGCGAAGGAGUACAGUACACUCAUCUGCCAAACCACCCACUGCACCCAAGAUGGUUUCCCAAGUCCUGACACGUAACUCAACGGACACGACUAAGACAACCAACCAUCUAACACCUGAUGUAAAACCACAACGUUCCGAAACAGUAACAGACAGUGCCGCGACGACUGGGCCUCCCUCGCUGACACUGUUUGGGCCGGUUAAAAAGUUCAAACCCGUGAUCUGUAAAUCUUUUGAUAAAGAGACGUCUCUGCACAGCAACCUGAUGGAGGCAAUCCAGACAGGUGGAGGCAGGGAAAGACUCAAGAAGUUAACCACUUCAGGUCCCAGCAGCAUGAAGAAAGCAUCUCAUGUUGAAGAGGAGAACGAGAGGUGUGCUCUUCUGGCUGCCAUCAGAGCACAGAGCAACUCAGGAAGGCUGAGGAAGACCAAAUCUGAGGCAGCUGAUGAGCUUGAGAAGUUCAGGAAGGCGUCUGAGGAUGACAAGAGUGCAGGUUACCCCUCCUCCCCCUCUCCUUCCUCCUUGACUUGCACUUCUCCUACUGUCUUUACCCCACCACCACUGCGGCCGCCACCAGCACCCAUGCUGGCACCUCCUCCCCCUCCCCCUGUCUUGCUCCAGAGAAGCACUGGGGAACAUCCAAGUGCUAACGCCCUCGUCAACCCUGCUUUGGCCAGGGAGGCGAUGCUGGAGGCCAUACGCUCUGGAUCUGCUGCUGAUAGGCUAAAAAAGGUCGCUGUGACCACAAAGACAGUCAAAGUGAACGGCCGACUGGGAACAAUCCAAGCAACCUCCUCAACACUCCCUCAGCAGUGAGAAGGGAAGGCCAAAUCACCUCAACGCAGAAUUAUUUAUCACAUUCAAUAGCAGUUUUUUUUUUGUUUGUUUUGUUUUUAAGCUAAUUCAACAGACAUGAGAUUGCAUUUGAGAAGACGUUAUUUAAGAUUUUGACAAAUCUUAUCUUUUACACAAUAUACAUUUCUAAGAAUGACAUAAAGAUAUCCACUUGAUAUCUUUAUAAACUAGAUGAUUCAGAAACUGCUUAAACCAAUUAACUAAUCUUUAAAGACUUGUUUUAACCUAAAGAGAUUUACACAUUUGUUUUUUUCAGUGGGAACGUUGCUCCCUUAGUAGCCAAACAUUAAAAACAUCUGUGUCUUGGGUGAAAAUGUGCUGCUCAGUUUGACUCUAACAAUAGCUUGCUGGAGAAACUAAAUGUCCGUCUUUAUAACACAUAACAUAUGCGUUAACAUAUUUCGCCAUCUGUACUUGAAUUCAGUGAUUUAAACUGGAAUGAUGUACAAAAUGUGUGCCAAUGAAAGAAAUUAGAAUGGUUUAUGCUACUUUCACAUAUUUUUUAUAAGUUAAGGAUGCCUUAUGCUGUUGCUCUGUCAGUGUUAUGUAAAUUAUGUUCGCAGCAAAAGCUCUUUAUGGGGUGCAAUAAGUUUGAUCUGAUGAUGUUCCCAGAUUUGAAAUAUUAUUUGUUAUCCAGAUGACAGAAAACUUGAGUUCUGCUGAGAGAGAGAGAACUGGAUCGAGACAUGAUUUUCAGUGUGUCAUGAUGCCAACUUCUACAAUACUUUAUUUUGAAGGCGAGUAAGAAGGUGGUGACACAAGUGCCUGUUAGCUCAAUGUGCAACUGUUUUAGCUGCUAGCCUUUCAUUUAUGCUGCUGUUUAAUGUCUUAAGACUUUUUCAGGCAUGGUCAGUGCCCUGCAGAAACUAAUUUUGUAUAGUAGACAUAUUUGACUGACAGUGCCUUUAAUGUUCUUUAAUGUUUCAGAAAUUAGAAUUACCCAUUAGAAUCUUUCUGUUUCCAAAUUUUGAAAGCACUGUUUUGACGAUUAUUAAUGGUGUAAGUCACCAUGAGCAACAAGAUCAGUGAAAUGAAUGAAGUCAUUUCCAAUGGCCUUGAUUUCAGAAGGUGUCUUUGCAGUACUUUCAGCGCCUCUGUAGGUGACAUUUACAAUAUCAGGUUGCUUCAACUGAUAGAGGAAGAGUGAGCACUUCUAUGAGCGUAUCGUUUUUUGGUAAAUCUGAAUUUUUCUUUAGAGUAAACAUAUUCAGAUGUUAAUACUGGCUGCUGUGGAUUGUGUGCUUUAACAAGCAAAAGGAGUUUAAUUUAAGGUUUUAAAAAAGAGAUGUAUUUAACUUAUGCUAAGUUCCAACAUACAAAAGAAUUACCGUUUCGUUUGAUCCCGAGAGUAAACAGCAUUUCUGUUUUUGUUUCUCUUUGUAUUACCAGAGGAGAUAAUUUCAUUUCUGCUGAAUGUUCCCUUCUUCACACAAUAGCCUACAGCACAUUGUAGCAUUGUAUAUUUUUGUAAAGAAAAGAUUUGAUUGGAAUCUGAUAGAGAGACGUGUCACUGAUAGUUUGAACAUUUUAUAAGCUUGUGCUUUCUGAGUUUAAAGUGCACAUUGUUGUUUUUAUUUUGGGAAGGUUGCACACACCUGACUUUUGAUUCAAUAAAUAAUAAUUUUGCAAUCAAGUGUAAAAUGA